CGUCACUCAGGCGCCCUGGCUCUCCUGAGCCGCUGGUACUGCUGCUUGCAAAAGAUGGGAAAAUCUGAUAGGCAUCUAUCGAUUCAUUAAAAAUGAAGGAUUUUUGCGGCUGAUUUCCAAUUGACCGAGGAAUCAGGGGUGACAUCGGCCUGGGAUCCACUAUACAACGAGAAAGGUAGUUUGUUUUGAGAGGAUUUUACCACUGGCUAUUGUGUUAGCGAGAAAAAAUGAGAGGUUCUGCCUGACCACAGAAAUCGGAUGGACUAGCCUCCAUAUGUUAGGGCAAGCAAACGUAAAACGAAUAUAUUGUUUUCCAGUUGUCUCUUUAGCUUUAUCAAAGCAGUUUGGUGUAGUUAACUGGAAAUAGAGAAAAUCUGAGCUUAAAACAAAAACUCGUCCAGUAGAGGUGGAGGAAAAUGGAUAUGGUUUGAUGUGGGUGUCUCCUAUGCAGACCCCUUACGCUGUCGCUAGGAAUGUACAAACUGCUUCAAUUUUGGUGUAUUAAGUCACAUUUUGGUGACAGUAAUUUUGAACUUAUCGUAUCUGACACAAAGUUAUCUCAAUGACAGACUAUUUUUUUAAAACCUUGCGUCCAGUUUCACUAGCAGAGAUGUUUUUCCUUGCAACGGCCACCAUUGACAAUCCCUUUUUCCCUCCCUGCUAGUUUUAAUCCACAGCGUCAGCGCAUUGGAAAAUGACAGAGAGAUAUCCUAAGGUUGGUCGGCAUGUAACAUUAACGAAGCAGUUUAUGCAUGUUUCAGCCGGACUAAAGCAGUUUAUGUUAAUGUGUGAGUUAAAGGUUAAUAAGGCUAGACGUUACAGUUAGCCGUUGAGGUAACAUAACGUUCGCUGCUAACAAGGCCACCCAGACUGUCCGCCGGUUAACGUUACAUGUCCUCGGUUUAGUCUCACUGUUACAAACAGCACUUUCCACAGAGCACAAAAACAGAGUAUUAAACAUUGUUAGGCAGUGGAAUUUUGACGUUAAAUGUGUUACAAGGCUGACUGAAGCGUUAAAAAUUAGCAACGUGUGGUGUAAUGUAACAUUCAUAAAGGUAAUCCUAGAAAUAGUGUUUCAAAAACGGGUUCUCAUAUGAAUCCUUAUCUAUAAUCCUUAUAUUCAUAUAAGAAUUUUGACUUCAGACUGUAACAUGCCUGUAUUGUGUGAAGGCAAUCUAGUUAAAAGUGGAAACAAAGCAGUGCUAGGACAGCUUUUGUCACCAUCACAGUGCUACAUGUUAAAAAAGGAUAAUAUUUCUCUAAUAAACAAGUCACCAUUUUGUUCAAAACGAGGACAGGCCGCUUCCAUGACCCCAGGUGAACCUGAAACUGCACAACAGAAACCAUUGCUUUGUUUCAGAAAUGUAUUCUGGUACUACAGCUCAGUGCACACCCAUGUGUCCUAUCAUUUCAUGCAGUAGGCUUUAUGUGUACUAUUUAUGUGCGAUAUAUAGGGUCCAACUGUAUUUUAUUCUUCAUCUUUUCGCAGAUUGGUAUUUCAUAGCCCCUGUCGAAGCAGGAGAGACUCCAAGCAUUGUCUGUCCGUGAAAGUGGAGUGCACCAGACCUCUAUUAUCAUGAACAUUGAGCACACAGUCUCCAGUUCAGGCAGGAUCACAAAGACAUACUCAUACAGCUGGUGAAAGUCAAACACAUAAAUUAACAAGAAAAAACACAGAUAGCUGAGGCAGUGCUCCCGUCUUGCUGUCAGCCCCAUUCUUGUACUGAACAGAAGAUGUAUGGUAGUGCCCGAUCUGUUGGCAGAGGGGAUGCCAACCAUAGUGGAGGAAGAGAUGGAGGUAGUACGGGUAAUCAGGGAUCAGGUCGAUCCCCUCGCCUCCCCCGCUCUCCUCGAAUGGGCCACCGUCGCACCAACAGCACUGGAGGCAGUGGAGGGGGUCCAGGAGGAGCAGGAGGCAAGACGCUUUCCAUGGAGAACAUUCAGUCUCUAAAUGCUGCGUAUGCCACCUCUGGACCAAUGUACCUGAGUGACAAUGAGGUCGCCAUGGCAGGUGACCACUUACCGAAAAGUGGUGGGACAGUGACGACGAUGGGGAGACAAAGGGUGACAUAUGGGUCAAGGGGCAGCAGCUGUGGGGUUGUGGCUGCAAGCACCCCAAACAUCUCCACCACAGUGCCUGCCAAUGCUGUACUGCCAGCAGGCAUGAUGGCAGGUGACACUUUAGCCUUUGGAGACCACCACAUGGCCUCCACUGUCCCACAUUCUCUAAGGCAGGCGAGAGACAACACCAUACUUGACCUUCAGUCCCAGCUGAAAGAGGUAUUUGCCUGUUAUUCCCCCAAUUUGUAUUUUUUGCCGAUCUGUAAUGUACAGUUUUUUGCCAGCUUCUGUGAGACUCCUCUAUCACAGUGGUCAUGUUCUACUCCUUUUUUCGACCCUCUCAGGUUCUGCGUGAGAAUGAGCUGCUGCGACGAGAGGUGGAAGUUAAAGAGAGCAAGCUUAGUUCCUCCAUGAAUUCUAUCAAGACCUUCUGGAGCCCAGAAUUGAAAAAAGAGCGGGCUCUCAGAAAAGACGAGGUUUCAAAGAUCACCGUCUGGAAGGAACAAUACCGUGUGAUUCAAGAUGAAGCACAGGUCAGUGAUCACUCUUACGUGUUUGUACACUGGUUUUUCACAGUCUGAGCAGAGUCAACAGUGUGUCUGUCUAUUGAGUAGUUGGGAAACUGCAUUUUUUUUAGUUUGCCAGCUUUGUAACGUGUUGCUUUCUUUCUUCUCUCUGUAUAAGUUUGUCAGUUUUUAAACAUCUAGUACAUCCACUAACAUGUAUGCUGCAGUAUGGCUGCCUUCUGUGUGGUUAAGAAACCGUGUGGUUUCACAUGGAGUGCAUACAAUUGUAUAGAAUGCACGUUUGUAAAGGCAGUGUAUAUUUAAAGCAUCUCAAUCACUGAGUCAAAGAAGCAACAAGCUUAAGAUGGUUGUUGAAGAGAGGACAUUUGGAGUAGUAUCUUUGACUCGUUUUGAUAAUGGGCUUUCAAAUGGAUGAAAUUCAUUAUUUAGAUUAUCAUAUCGUCUGAUGACAGGUGGAUCAGGUCAUUAAGAGGAAACUGUUAAUACUUUAGAGUAAUGUACAAGAGUAGAACUGUCUACAUGUACUAACUACAGUCUGUAUGUUGGUGUUGACUGUUUGUUGCAGGGUGCAUUUUUGCAUCCAAUUCCUUUUCAAUUUUUCCUGAAACCAAGUGUGAAAGUUCUCACAUCUACACUCCAUUAGCAGCCAAACAUGAGUACACAAGAUUACUGGAGUUAUUUAUAAAGUGAUGAAUAUAAUUUCUGCUUCAAGGUGCUGAAUACCUCCAGCUUUCAGAAGUCUCUCAUUUCUGACUUAAAUGCCAGUUAUUUUUUUUGUUCUUUGGCUCUGGAUCAAAGUAUGUUAAGCAUGUGUCAGUCUACACACAUGCAGACCUGCUCUGUGCUCUGGGUUGGGUGAUGUCAACCAAACUGGCAUAUAACAAAGUCCAGAUUGAAACAGUGUAGGAUGAUAUCUUCCCUUUGAAACCUUAGCGUUACAAUAAAUGCCAAGUAUCUGAUACACUUAAGCUGGCACCAGAAAGUGGAGAGUCAUCUUUUGGACAGCACUAACUUUGCAAUCCUACAGCUAUGAUUGUGGAGGGCUCCUUUUUGUAUACUGUCAGCUAUUGGUUAUGAAAGAAGGUGCUAUUUAUCAUUUUAUAAUUUUCAUUUUUUUUUUAAUAAUGAGAAUGAAUGAGUAGGAACACGACCUAUAACCUUCAUUAAUUUUCACUAAUGAAUAGAGAAAGCCUUUGUUUCACUGUGAUUAUGAACGGAUGGACACAUCUGUAUAAUUUGCUGUUUUCACUCCUGCUGAGUCACUGAAUCACACUGUGGACUAAUUCCCAGUAAUGCCUAACCAGCACAAGGCUAAUCAGUGGGUGCUGUAAUUUAAAGAUGUCUGCUUUCAUAUGUCAGCCUCCACCUCCCACAUUGGCACACAUACAACGGGAAGCAUGGACACACACACACAGAUGCUCGCCCGCUCAGAGGCAUUUGGCUAAUUACAGCUUAAGUUAAACUGCAUUUCCUUAUUUGAUGUAGGUCCAACCCACUGUGCAUUCAUCAAUUUCUAUUGAUUUUUUUUACAUCUUUGUUUAUCUUUGUGAUGUGUUUUCUGUACCAGCCAUAGUCCGUACUACAAUAGGGAUUUAUUAACAGACCAGGUACCCACCCACCAAUUAGUGAUUGCCAUUACUCAAGUGUCUAUUAAACUGUAAAUAAGAAACAAAAAGGCCAGAAUUCGCCUCAUUAUCAUUGGGUAUUUCAUGGAGAAACUAUCAGUCACAGAAUAGGUAUCACAUUUGAUAUAUGAUGUUGUCAUGUUCGAGUGAUGAUCCACCAGCUGGUACACAUUCAAAUUCAUAUUAGUGAAUCAAAGGUAAGAUGUUAAUGAUGGAAUAGAGUGAUAAAAAGAUGUGCCACACAGUGAGCAUGUCUAACACUCAGGCUGUGAGCAGGGGUCAAUUGCUGUGGAUAUGACUUGAAGCAGGAUUUUGCUUCUUCAUGCACUGUGUCACUGCAAGCUGUGACUUUGUGUUUAGAUCAGUUUAGUCUGAUGCAUCACAUCUCUUUCACUUUUUGUGCUCUCUCAAAGACUUCACUGUUAUCUGUUCUCAGGCAGAAGGAGUGAGAACAUGGGGGCUGACAAAGGCAGAAGGAGUGUGUGUGUUUACAUGCAUGUCCGUGCAUGUGUAUGUAUCUUUUGGCGGCGGGGGGGUUGAAGGUGCAGUCAGAGAGCAAUGAGUCAGCCUUAGUCACGGGGUGGAGAGGGUGAUGCAAAGGGAGUGUGAAAGAGAGGAGAGGUGAGGAUAUUUGAGGGACGAGACAGGGAGAGAGCAGGCAAGGUAAACGAGCAUGUGUGUAAAGAGAAGAAUAGUUUGUGCCAGUGGAGGAGGAAGAAGAGAAUGACAAAAGAAAGGACCGGAGGGGGCUGCAGGAGGAGGAGGUGGAGGAGGACAGAGAGAAGUGAAGGCAGACACUGACUUCUCCUUUUGUUCUGUUGUGUGACAGCACACAUAGCUGCUUCAGAGCAGCGUAACACAGCUUUGUGUUACUGUCUUGUAGCCACUCCGUCAAGUGUCCACAGCGUCAGAUGCCACAAACAAUGCAAUACUAUACUGGGCUGAUUGUGUUUCACCACUUGUAUUUCUCUGUGCAUGAAACGUAACACUGUCCACAAUUCCCGGCUGUUGGGGGUGCGUCUGUCAGGGCCUUACUAGAUUUUCAGUCAUGUCUUCUUGAGGCUGAUUUUAUCAGGCUGUUACAUGUAUAUUUUACCAGGAUACACCCCUAUCAAAUGUUGAGGAGACAGCCCCUCUGCUUUACAGUUAAUUAAUAAGUUUCACUUUAACAUACAAAUAGGUGAUGGGUACUAAAUGCACAUGCCUAUUUUUAUCUAUAGCAUCUUCAGAUGACUGUUCAGGCCCUUCAGGAUGAGCUGAGGAUCCAGAGGGACCUCAACCAGCUGCUCCAGCAGGACCCAGCCAGCCAAAGCCGGGACCUGGCGCUGUCCUCUGAACCCACAGAGGAGAACUACAGGCGGCUACAGGCUGAGCACGAGAGGCAGGCCAAAGAGCUCUUCCUCCUCAGAAAAACCCUGGAGGAGAUGGAGCUGAGGAUUGACACACAGAAGCAAACGCUGGGAGCCAGAGAUGAGUCUAUCAAGAAACUGCUGGAGAUGCUGCAGAGCAAAGGUAGCUAGGAGUCCCUGGAGAGAAGCACAGCACAGAGUUUAACUUAUUCUUAUAGAGCAGGCUUCAUGUUAUAAGCCAAUAAUUAGUGUGCCACAAAGCAGUUUUUUGUUGUUAUUGUUUAUUUGGUAAAACAGUUAUUUAUUUUUCUUUACAAAAUAGCUCUCAGGUCGAUCAGGAGACCAGAAAACUUUCUAAAAAAUGAAAUCAAAGCACUUCAUACUAAAAGAUUCUGGUUCUGAACAAAGAUUUGCUCUCAGCUGUUACUUCUACUAUGGUUGCCACUUGCUUGUUUUCCCCCCUCAGCUCCACCCAAGCUUGCUCCUUCAUUUGACAAACAUGGGUUUUAUGUGCUCCUUAAACUAACCAUGAUGUGUGCUUUAAACCCAAGAAUGCUUCUGGGGUUAAGGACAUCCAAGUAUUUCACGCACAGACUUUUGCAUGGAUGCCUCCCAAAAUAAUUUCAUGGUACAAUCUUUGGGACGCGAAAUAACCCUGAUUUGUCAGACCAGAUGCUGAAAAUUUGAGUACACUAGUGAUAGUUUAAAGUCUUACAAAAGACAUUAGCCCUCAAAUGGGAGCUUUAGCUACUUGGUCAUAUGAUCUUGCUUUAUGUUGACUGUGAAGGUCAGAACACACUGCUUUUAGAAAUUGUUCCCUGCUGGGCUGAUACGUUUUUUUGUCAGAGGCAUAAAUCUGAGGCUUUCAGUAUUAAAGAAGAUUUUAACAUACUCAACUUUUAGAGUCCAAAGAUUUCUGUAUUUCUAUUUUAUCUCAGGACCAUCUGCCAAAGCAUCAGAGGAGGACCAGGAGCGUACCAGGAGGCUGGCUGACGCAGAGAUGCACAGGCAUCACCUCGAGAGUUUAUUGGACCAGAGAGAGCGAGAGAUAAAUGCAUUAAGAGAGGUAAUGUUUACUUCAACCAUGGGAGAUAUGUGAUUGGUCCAUCCAUUUUUUUAUCAGAUUUACACUCACCGGCCACUUUAUUAGGUACACCAUGCUAGUAACGGGUUGGACCCCCUUUUGCCUUCAGAACUGCCUCAAUUCUUCAUGGCAUAGAUUCAACAAGGUGCUGGAAGCAUUCCUCAGAGAGCUUGGUCCAUAUUGACAUGAUGGCAUCACACAGUUGCCGCAGAUUUGUCGGCUGCACAUCCAUGAUGCGAAUCUCCCGUUCCACCACAUCCCAAAGAUGCUCUAUUGGAUUGAGAUCUGGUGACUGUGGAGGCCAUUUGAGUACAGUGAACUCAUUGUCAUGUUCAAGAAACCAGUCUGAGAUGAUUCCAGCUUUAUGAUAUGGCGCAUUAUCCUGCUGAAAGUAGCCGUCAGAAGUUGGGUACAUUGUGGUCAUAAAGGGAUGGACAUGGUCAGCAACAAUACUCAGGUAGGCUGUGGCGUUGCAACGAUGCUCAAUUGGUACCAAGGGGCCCAAAGAGUGCCAAGAAAAUAUUCCCCACACCAUGACACCACCACCACCAGCCUGAACCGUUGAUACAAGGCAGGAUGGAUCCAUGCUUUCAUGUUGUUGACGCCAAAUUCUGACCCUACCAUCCGAAUGUCGCAGCAGAAAUCGAGACUCAUCAGACCAGGCAACGUUUUUCCAAUCUUCUAUUGUCCAAUUUCGAUGAGCUUGUGCAAAUUGUAGCCUCAGUUUCCUGUUCUUAGCUGGAAGGAGUGGCACCCGGCGUGGUCUUCUGCUGCUGUAGCCCAUCUGCCUCAAAGUUCAACGUACUGUGCGUUCAGAGAUGCUCUUCUGCCUACCUUGGUUGUAACGGGUGGUUAUUUGAGUCACUGUUGCCUUUCUAUCAGCUCGAACCAGUCUGGCCAUUCUCCUCUGACCUCUGGCAUCAACAAGGCAUUUCCGCCCACAGAACUGCCGCUCACUGGAUAUUUUUUCUUUUUCGGACCAUUCUCUGUAAACCCUAGAGAUGGUUGUGCGUGAAAAUCCCAGUAGAUCAGCAGUUUCUGAAAUACUCAGACCAGCCCUUCUGGCACCAACAACCAUGCCACGUUCAAAGUCACUCAAAUCACCUUUCUUCCCCAUACUGAUGCUCGGUUUGAACUGCAGGAGAUUGUCUUGACCAUGUCUACAUGCCUAAAUGCACUAAGUUGCCGCCAUGUGAUUGGCUGAUUAGAAAUUAAGUGUUAACGAGCAGUUGGACAGGUGUACCUAAUAAAGUGGCCGGUGAGUGUAUAUGUUAAUAUGAUAUUGCACAUCGAUUUUUCAACAUCCAUGCAAUUUGUUGCUCUUCAUUUGACACUGCAGGAGCUGCACCGUCGAUACGAAGGAACUCCAGAGUCGACCAAAACCAAGGCUCUACAGACUGUUAUUGACAUGAAGGUGAAGAUUUACACAGAGAAGUGUUUGUGACUAUGUCUGUGGCGUUUCUGCUCACACAUUUGUGCCCUCUUCAUCAACCUCAGGAUGCAAAAAUCAACUCAAUGGAGCGUAACCUUAGAGACAUGGAGGAGGAGCUGCUAAUGAUGAAAUCCAACGGACUCCUGAGCUGCGAGGAGCGUCAGGAGGAGAUGAAGCAGAUGGAGGUGUACCGCAGCCACACCAAGUUUAUGAAGAACAAGGUUCGAGUCUACAUCAAGCAGAGCAAAUAAAAUCUGUAUUACUUAUUGAAGAUUAACUUUGAAGUCCUUUUGCCGUGGUUUGUUCUUUCUUUAGAUGGAACAGGUGAAGCAGGACCUCUCCAGGAAAGACACUGAGCUUCUUGGUUUGCAGACCAAGCUCGAGACACUUAACAAUCAGUUCUCAGACAGCAAACAGCACAUUGAAGUCCUCAAGGAGUCCCUCACUGCCAAGGAGCAACGAGCAGCCAUUUUACAGACAGAGGUAAACCAGACACAUUUCUGUACACUUGGGCGUUGGAAUAGGUGUUCAUCACAGGUUUCUUAAGGUUGUUUACAUAAGGGGGAAACUUGUUUUCUAUCAGUGCAAAUAAGCACAGUGGUACCAAUCUGUCUUUAUUUGAAAAUGCCCUCCAUGCUAGGUGGAUGCUUUGCGUUUGCGCUUGGAAGAAAAGGAGGCAACUUUGAAUAAGAAGAGCAAGCAGAUACAAGAAAUGUCAGAGGAGAAAGGCACCCUCAACGGGGAGAUCCAUGACCUCAAAGACAUGCUUGAGGUGAAGGAGCGCAAAGUCAAUGUGCUACAGAAGAAGGUGAUUUUAGCCGAUGUCUAAAAAUAAUAUACAUUUUACAGUAUAUUGUGUGCAUCUUAGGUGGCUCAUGGUUGCUUGUGCUUUUCUGCAGAUUGAAAACCUCCAGGAGCAGCUGAGGGACAAGGAGAAGCAGAUGAGCAGCUUGAAGGAGAGAGUCAAGUCUUUGCAAGCGGACACAUCUAACACCGACACGGCUCUCACCACGCUGGAGGAGUCUCUUGCGGAAAAGGUGGGGUCAUGCCUCCACAAACCGAGUUAAUACUAGCUACAAAUAAUUGAUUUUAUUUAUUUUACAUUGUUCAUUUGUGGCAACUUAUCUGGUUGGUCUAAUGUGUUAUUUGGAGGCAGCAUGAUUGAUCAUUUUCUUAACCACCCCUCUCUCAGGAGCGUAUCAUCGAACGUCUGAAGGAGCAGCGAGACAGAGACGACAGGGAGAAGACGGAGGAGCUUGACUGCGCAAAGAAGGAGCUGAAAGAGUUGAGGGAGAAGCUGAGUUUACUGCAGGGAGACCUGUCAGACAGAGAGGUGGGAAACAGGGGAUACAUGAGAAAACAGCAAAAGUGAAGCCACUCUUGUUUAUUGUGAUUCUAAUAAUACAGUGAAACAUUAUAGCCAGAAACGAGCAGAAACAGAAACACUCGCUCUGCAGUGAGUCACUGAGGUCUGUGUAUUUUCAGUCUCUUCAGUCCUAAACUCUGACAGAUGGAUAUCCUGGGACAGGGGCAUCUAUACUCAUAUAUGUGUGUGGGCGUGUGUGUGUGUGUGUAUAUAUACAGACAUCUCUGUUGGAUCUCAAGGAGCAUGCCUCGUCCCUGGCCUCCUCAGGGCUUAAGAAGGACUCCAAACUCAAGAGUCUAGAGAUCACAUUGGAGCAAAAGAGGGAGGAGUGCCUUAAACUGGAGAACCAUCUUAAGAGGGUGAGAUCCUUAAGUAGAGACAUCUACCAGCUAAACAAGAUUCAACUAAAUAUUUACUCUAUACAAUCAUUUUGAAUCACUUAUCAAAGAUAAAGAGACAGCUAAAAUUUAGAAGUGUGUUUUGAACUGAUUUUUUUUCAGGCUCAAAAUGCAGCCCUGGAGGCUCAGGCCAACACGGAGCUGGCUGAACGCAUUAAGAACCUCGAACAGGAAGUGGCUCGCCACAAAGAGGAUUCUGGCAAGGCCCAGGCUGAGGUGGACCGCCUGCUGGAGAUCCUUCGGGAAAUGGAGAAUGAGAAGAAUGAUAAGGACAAAAAGAUCAAUGAGCUGGAGAGGUGGGUAUAAAUGUAUACUGUCCACUUUAUGCCACAUGCUUAAGACAUACAAUACAUCCAGUUUGUAAUGAGUGUUUGUCAGUUUUAUGUUUGUGUUUUGGCACUAGAAUACGUAGUGUGUUAACAGAUUAUUACCAUGGCCGACAUGUAGUAUUUUGCCAUCUGCCUGUAUCUGUCAUUUAUUUCACAGGUAGCCAAUUAAAUGAUACAACACUUUCUGAUGGGCUAAACAUCACAGGACAGUGACAUUAUUGUACUGCAUGUGUGACUGAUAAAUUGUGAACUCCUACAACAUCUAACUUUUGACAGAAAGAUUGUUGGUUUUAUUGUAAAUGCAUUUUGAUUCCAAAUAGGGGUUAUGAGUUUUAUGCACAUUUUUAGUUGGUGUCAUUAUCAGCCCUGAAAAUCCAGUAUCAGCUGACUCCUGCUAACAACAUUCACCACAACAGACUCCAGACCUGUUAUAAAAAUCUAGGGAGUAAAGCUACACAAGUUUCUUUUAUGAAUGUAUCUGCAGUUGUUUUUUUCUCAAAUAAGGCAUGUGAUCUUGUGACUGGCCAAUCAAAAGUAUAACAAAAUCCUGAGAUGUGAGGUUCCCUCUUUCUUCCCCUGUUUCUUCACACUGACUCUUUUAUCUUAGCUAAGACUUUUUUCUCUUUACUGCUUUCUUGUCUUUACAUCGGAAAUCUCUCACCCCACCAGUUUGGCCUCCAGGUUAGUAUUGGCUCUAUUUGUCUUUUUUCCCAAUCUCAGUAUCGUUUUUGUCCUUGUCUCAGUUUUCUCUCCUUUGUUUCUCUCUACCUUUUACCUCUCCAUGUUUGAUACCACAAACAAUUGCCUCUUUCUGCCAUAUUAAAACCUCUCCCAUAUUUCUUAUACUUAUUUCCCCUCAUUUUCUUUUCUCGUUUCGUCAUUUAUCAGGUGCGAUCUAAGUUUCAGUCUCUGCAGGUCUGUCUAACAAGUCUAUAUGAAGCAAGUCUGUAGGUAUUUGUAUGGUGUUUUUGUUUCCAAAGCGUAGCUUUUCACUGGAUCAGGAUCAUAUCUUUAAGUUUGAAAGUGCCAUUAGUUUGGUCUCUGACACCAUAUUUAUAAAGUAUCUACUAACCAGCUGGCUAUGGAGAUAGACAGUAAUCCAUGGCACAUUACAUUAGUCAACACAUAUCCUUGAAAUAAUGAUUUUAUUUCUUGCCAUGUUUUUACCAAGCAGAAAAAUGAUUCUAACCUUUUUAUAGACAAUAGAAUCACUUUGACAAUUUAAAUGGAGCAAAAGUCCAGUGCUAAUACAUCUCAUAACUUUUCCCAUGUAUCAUUCAAUGUCUCUGCAGGCAGAUGAAGGACCAGACAAAGAAGGUGGCAUCUCUGAAGCACAAAGAGCAGGUAGAGAAGAGCAGGAACGCUCGACUCAUGGAGGAGGCCAGGAAGAGGGAGGACAACAUGUCUGAGAGCUCCCAGCAGGUGAAGGUAGGCACAUUUACAUGUUGUUACAUCGAUUUCACUUGUUUUGAGUCUAAAAUACCCCGAAUUCCUCUCUCACUGAAGGACACCAUACGCCAGAAGAUGGAUCGCAUUGAGGAGCUGGAGGAGGCCCUGAGAGAGAGUGUUCAGAUUACUGCAGAGAGGGAGAUGGUGCUGGCACAGGAGGAGGCUGCCCGGUCCCUCCAAGAGAAACAGGUACACCAGUUUCUUCCUGAACACACACACACACACACACACCUACUACAAAGCGUUAUUAUGAAAAACUCAGAAUCACUCCUACAAUACAUGUGUUCCCAAACAUAGUUAAACACAAAUCCUCUUGGGGAUAGACUCUUUCUCCCUCAUCUUUUGAUGGUGUUUCUCAUCCUUUCUUUACCUCCUGUCUUCUCUUCUUUGCUCUUUGCCUCUUUCUCAGUUCUUUUAUCUUUGCUUGUCGUUUUCUCUUGUUUUCUCUCUGCGACACACUGCCUCUCAGAAGCACUCACUCAAACCAAUGCAUGAGUCCAACCUCGCCCACUUAAAGUUGUCAAAGGUAUGAGCCCAAGUUUGUGUGACCGCCAUCAGUGAGCAACAACACUCACAGGGUUGGACACAAUAACAGCAACACUUGUACAUUUCAUUCAGUCCGACAACAGGCCAAAGUCAAAGUUUUUGUCAAGUUCGAUCAUUUUAGAGGAAUAAAAGUUUCAUGUCGUUGGAUCACUUUGCUUUGUAAGGUGUUGCUGUUUAAGCCCGUGUAUUUCACGUUAUUUUGUUUACCUGCUGUUUGAGUAUAAAACACCUCAAGGCUGACUAAUUGCCAGCUUGUACAAGUAAACAAUAAAAUUGAUCAUUCUUGUGAUGAAUCACUCACCCUUUCUUGGAGUCAAUUGUAAUUAAAGUCUUGUGAAAGAAGGGUGCUCUUGUAUCCUUAUAAAUAAAUAACAGGUAAAUGAAAUUGACUGAUAUAUUUAAGCAUUAUCCGUGUAAUCUUCAACUUAAGUCCCCCCUUCCUCCCCAAAAAAAGAAAAAAAAAGACACCUAUUAUCUGCCACCCCUGCCCUAAAAAAAAAGCCUCAACCUUUCCUGAUGUUCUUAGUUCUACUUUGUUAAUCUGUUCGUGAUUGAGUUGUUGACAUGUAUGGAUUUGUAUGUGUGUUCCCAGAUGGAGGAGCUACUGGGGGCCAUGGAGAAGGUAAAGCAGGAGCUGGAAUCCAUGAGGGCUAAGCUGUCCUCCACCCAGCAGUCUCUGUGUGAGAAGGAGGCACACCUUUCCACCCUGCGAGCUGAGCGCAGGAAACACCUGGAGGAGGUGCUGGAGAUGAAGUAAGAAACACUCACACACCUACAGGCACACACACAGUAGGGUGGAGUUCAUCCGGGACUAUUGAUCACCUACCUUCAUCUUGCAAAAUGUCAUCCAUUUCUGGCCUCCCCCAGCCGGUAGCAUGAAUUUGCAGCAUGAAUAAUAAAUGAUAACUGUGCUGUUUACUUGUUUGGUGAAAUGUCAUGUUGUUUCCACCUCACCCCACAGACAGGAGGCGCUGUUAGCUGCUAUUAGUGAGAAGGACGCCAACAUUGCCCUGCUGGAGUUGUCCUCUUCGAAAAAGAAGAAAACCCAGGAUGAAGUGGCUCUGCUGAAGCGGGAGAAGGACAGGCUGGUGCAGCAGCUGAAGCAGCAGGUGGGGUGGGGGCUGAGCAUGAAUACAUAAUCAAGAUGUUCUUGUUAUUCAGGGGGGGCCCAACACCAGAACACAACCAAUGUUAUCUAUCCUGUCUGAACAUCACAUACACAGAAUAUGUUUAUCAGUGGGGAAUAAAUCCAGGCGAUCUGUUUCACUAGGAUAAAACUUGAGAAAGACGUACACAAACUAUUCGAACGAUGCAGUUUGUUAUUAUUCAUGACGAUGCAGCUGUGAAGCUGUGACCAAAUCUGCAGCAGAUGAUGUUCAAACCAGAAAGUUUCCAAAACCUAUUCAAGGGCAUAGUUUCUAACAUCACUGACAUACAACUGAAACGAUUGGAACAUUCAUCAAUCAAAGGAUAUUCAUUCAUAGCUACUUUGAAUAUAUAUUUUUUUCACCUAUAUAUUGAUUGAGUUUUAUAGAUUUUUAUAACAAAACAUUGACAAACAAAAGUGCCAUAGAAUACAGAUACAAUAAAACAUUCAGUAAACUGCCUUUCAGACUAUGUGCCAUAACUCAAUACAGAUUAAUGUCCAUGUCAAAGAAAGAGAAAACAAACAAACAAUAAUUCUGCCAAUCAAAGAUAUGGACAAGGACAUCCACCUUUCAGUUGAUUCCACUAUUUUCUCCAUUAAUAGUUCAUUCUUGGCUUUAACGAUCUUAUCUAGACUUGACAUAAUCUGUAUUCCCAUGUGAACUGAUCUACCACCUGAAAUUGUAAAGCUUGACUUGGUAGGUUUACUUUUGCUUUAUCACUGAACACUAAAAUGGAGGAUUUAGUUCUAUAGAUUUUUUUAACCAGAAAUGUUGCCAAAUAACUUUAUAGUUUUUUAACAGAUUAGGGAUAGUACCACUGAGGCGUGAAAUAAACAAAAUAACAUCAUCUGCAUAUAACAUGAUCUUAUGUUGGAUCUGUCUUAAUUUAAUCCCGGUAAUUCCAGUGUGUUUCCUAAAUGCUAUUGCUAGUAGUUAAUUGCCAAGGUAAGCAAUAAGGGGGAGAGAGGGCAUCCCUGACGACUGAAUAUCUGUUUUAAUAAUAUCUCAAGCAACAAUAUCACACUUUUGCUUUUUCCACUUCCGUAAAUGUGAGGUUUUCUGCUUUUUCUGCGUAUUUGUCCUCAUUGGAAAAUAAAACGUCAUGUGGGUGUCUGUGAGUUUCUGAUGAACAUUUUUGGCCUUUUGUGGGUCAAACCAAGUAUUAUAAAAUCUGAUGUUUUUUUUUUUCUUUUGAAGAUUUUUACUCUCAAUAUGUUUGCUUUGCAGACUCAGAACAGAAUGAAACUGAUGGCAGACAACUAUGAGGAUGACCACCUGAAGACAGCCCCCGACCACACAAAUCACAAACCCUCUCCAGAUCAGGUAGCUCCUCUAACCACAUCCAAGUCAUGUUUUUUUUAUUUAUUCCUGAACAGAGGUGAUGAAACUGAUCAUUAACAAGUCUGCAAUGUGUAAAAUAUGAUGUUUAAACCAAAGUUUUGAAAUGUAAGUUAAUAAACUUUUUUGUCAGCAUACACACUAACAAAAUGUUCCUUUCUGACGCUGCGAUUGGCUUGCCUUGUGGCUAAAAGGAUGACGAGGAGGGUAUAUGGGCGUAGCCAACCUUUUACCCCCCCCUCCCUCUCUCUCUCUCAGCCAUUUUUGUUCAGAAGGGUGAGCCCGUCUGAAAAACCAAACCCGUCAUACUUCUCUUCAUCGUUGUUCUGUGGCAUGUUGACUUUUCUACCAUUCAUAAUUUCACUCAUUUCAUUCCUCUCUUCUAAUUAUUGCUUAUCCUCAUCCUGUGUCGUAAAUGUUGAUUUUCAUUCACUGCGUCUAAUUAGCUUAUGAAGGGCAGGGAUCGAUUGUGUUUGUUUGUGUCUGUGUGUGUCUGUGCGUUUGCAUGCACGGGGUUAAGAGGAUGAGAUGGCUUUGAUCGCCAUAAAGCAUCUUCGCUUUGCAUGCUACUGCUCUGGAACUUAUCAUUAGUUCCUAACACUUAGGCCUAAUCCCAGUCUUCACCCUGAAGACUAAGCAUUUAACCCUUCACGACUCUAACAGUGUGUGUGUGAGGACUGGGACACACUACCCUUACGUCACACCUUGCCUUGAAAACAAAAUAAGCCAUUAGAUAAUGAGUCAUGUUUAUAUUGUCACGUUUGCAAGGAACUCUUGGUGAGUCCCAAAAUAAAGUCUGCAGGAAUACAGACUUUUAGAAAGUGCAUCAUUUCGUGUUUUACAGUCAGUGAAAGCGCUUACACACAGGUUUAUGUGACAGUUUUAAGCACUGGCACACCUCCCAGAAAGAUGCUUUAAAGUACUUGAGUGUGGAGUUUGGGAUUUUGGCCUUUUACCCACACAGGCAGCUAUAUUAGAUCAUUUAAAACUGGAAUAACGAGUUGUGGAGUAAGUCACCAGGUUGAGCUACACAUAGACAACUAUAAGGUUCAUAAUCAUGCAUGUGCCUUAUGAUUUUCUGUUUUCUCACUUAAAAACAAUGUGUUACUCCAGUCAAAGUCUUGUGUUUGGGUUUAUUAUAAGUUUGUUUUAAGAAGAUUUUUUUUUGUUCCUUUUUGACUCUAUCCAUAAAAACUCCUCACAGUCUCUGUCCUCGCCUCCACACCGCCUCACACUCUCUUCUACCCUCUUCCCCUCUGCAGAUGAUUCCCCCUCUUCUAGCCCUGUCCCAGAACCGCAGUAAGCUCAAGCUCUACAUCGCUCACCUAACAGACCUCUGCCAUGACCGGGACCCCAGUAUACUCAGUCAGCUCACGCCGCCCUCUCACUACCACCACAGCGACCCUGGAGACUGGGAGGAGGAGGUCCAGAGGAUGAGUGUAGAGCAGGUAGGGGAGGAACAAAAAUGUUGUGUUAAAACAGGUCAAGAGGCCUUCAAGCAAUCAGAAAUAUGUCAGAAAUAUGAACUAUGUUUUCUCCCCUCUAGUUGGAGCGGGAGCUGGAGGUGUGUGAGAAGGAGAGCGGAGAGCUGCAGGAGUAUGCCAACUCUGUUCUCCAGCAGAUCGCAGACUACUGCCCGGACAUCCUGGAGCAGGUAGUGAACGCCCUGGAGGAGUCAUGCUGACAUCUCUGACCUCAGACACACAACCAGGAUGAUCCUUGGCCCCUCACAGAAACCCGUAGCUGAGUCCAGGAGCCCCUACCUCCACUCAUCAAAGCUCCUGGAAGGAUGAGAGGACUUGUUGAGACCCCCACUGAGCUUCUCUCCCUCGCUCCUUUCGUCCACUCUGGAAGAAACCCUCAGACUCAAAAGUGUUCUCCUGUGUCAUGCUUUCCUGAUGUCAGGCUUGCUAAAUUGAAUUUGAGAUGUUCACAAAGUCUUGAAGCAGCAAAGUUAAAGACAGCCCUGCCAGAUGGUAGGAAGAGAAGACUGUAAAAAAUGAAUCAGACAGUCAACAGCAUACUGGAGCAUAUUAAAAAGUGAAAAUGUAUUUAGCUUUUGUGAACUCACCAAAUUCGAUUUUCUCUGCUUGUGGUGAAGUUAGAAUAAGAUGUUGCAUAGCUGUUAUUCUAGCACAGGUGUUGAAAGAGGAAGUCAGAUGAAAGAAUCAAACUUCAGCACAAAGUCUUUGAGUAUACUGCCAGGCUUCCUCUACCCAGAGGUCUUCACUCACAGCAAGAAGCGCAAGAUCAAGCACAGUUACCUCACCAACUUUUAUCUCAGUCUUUGACCCCUUUAGAUUCCUCCAGAAGAAGCUCAUUCCUUUCAAGGGGAAGGGGAGCACUUUUUCAGUCAGAGAACUGAGGAGCUGCUACAACUAGAGGGGAGCUGAGAGGAGCUGAGCUCAGAGGGCAAGUCGUGAAGCCGUGUAGAUGCUUGUUUCAUAUUUCAGCAUAAAUAAAGACUCGAGACACAGUCGCUAGUUAGAAAUUACAGCUACUGGUGGCAGAUCUUCUGAACUCGUAGGAAAAGCCACUUUUUAACCAAAAAUAUGCAGCAUGUUAUCCAAAUGUUUCCCCUCCCAGCUCUUAGCUGUGGAUGUGUCACCGUAGCCAGGAUCAGGUUGUAGGUACAUCUUGACUAGGUCGUCUGUGGCUGUCAUUGGCGUAGGAGGGGGAUCAAAGGUCAACUUUGAGUUACUCUUUGUUUCAAAUUUGAAUGAGAGAGAGAGAGAGGAAACAAAACAAAGCUUUUAUUCCUAGUGAUGUAUUAAGUUUCAGAUGGUUUUGCACAUGGUGUCCACUUGUUUAUGAGGUAUGCAAUGUUUCAUUUGAGAUUGUUCUAGUGGCCUUGGAGCAGUCACAGAGAGAAGUGCUGGACCUAAAGCAGGGAAGUAAGUUUCUCUGUCCAUUUGGUGCUAAGGCAUGAUGUUAAGGACUUCUAAUCUGAUACUGAUCGUUUGGUUUCAUCCAAAGUUUCUACAGAUGUUACUUUAAGCCCACCUGACCUUUGGUUUGCUAACUAAAUCUUUGAAGAAAACAAGCGACCCUCGUUUUUUCUUUCUUCUUGUAUUUUUGAGAUCACUCAAAAAAAUGAAAGUGAUGCCUCAUUUUAUUGUAUUUUUUGAAAUCUUCAGGGCUGAGGUUUUUAAUUCCUAGGUGCAUCUACAUUUACAGAAGAAAAUCAAGGUCACUUUUCAGCAGAUUUUGACUUUUUAGAUCAGUUUGUAAAUAACGUGAUAUUUAACACGUGCAGUGACUGAAUAAAGGUAACUAAGUGGAAGGUGUUGUGCAUUCUUCAAAAAAAACCCUGAAAAGUUUAAAGCAGUGCAAUUGUCUUUUGUGUCUAAUUUUGUCUUCAGGACAAAAUGUGUGUGUGUGACAGUACUGCCAUAACUUGCGGAAAGUCAUGUUCUAUAGAGAUAUAUAUAAAUGAAUAUAAUACAUAUAUAAAAAUGUUUACUGUAUGGAUAUGCAUUGAAUGUUUGCACAGAAUCUUGAAGAGCAAGCUGCUCUGAACAAAAAGACCAUCGAGUUAGUGUCCUCAGCACAGACAGAGGAGAGAAGUGUCAAAAAAAACUUGUGUCAAAAUAACGUGUGAACUGCAAAUGUUUUCAAACCGUGACUGUGUGAUGGGAGAGUACUUUUCUUGCAUUUAUUUCUAAUGGUCAUUUUUUAUAUCUUUUCACCACAUGGUGAUGUAAAUGUAUUAUCCUGAGAUUCAAGUGUUGUCUUUUUCUUCUCACUUUUUACGUUGUUGGUUUAUGUUUUGCUGAUGUCAAAGGCAGCCUGAUGGAUGAAAUGUCCCCAGCUAUCACAGCCCUCCUUCUGUUACAACACAAUGUUUAAAUAAUGUAACAGUGAAGAAGUGGAUCAGGAAGCUUUUCUAACAAACCUCCUAAGGGUGUAGUAGAUUUACAGAUACAUUUGGGUUGUUGGACUAACAGAGUUCACUGAGAGCAGAGCACACCCUGGUAAAGAGGUGGUUUAGUGAAAGCUUGUUUCGUCUUUGUCUGUUGAACCUCAUGGUGUGCAGGUUAAUUUCUCCCGUCCCUUCUAAACUUAACAGUCGUCGCUGUGGGGUUCGGAGGAUGAAUAUAGCAUUUUUUGUAAGUGUUUUGUUGCCCUUACUUUGGCCUGUGUCUCCCUGCCCUUGCCUUAAUGUCUUGUCAUCUCUUUUUCUUGACUCCUUUUGAGGAACACAGAGCUGAUUAAGGGGCUUCUGUCAACGUCAUGGCGUUUGUUUCUUUUUUCGGAUUUGUAGAAGAAAUGUACUGCCUUCUGUCUGUUCAUGUUAAGAAUCAAACUGUGUAAAAAGAAAGCAAAACAGACAUGUUUGUGAGUCAUUUGGAUUUUGUAUGAAUGUAAAUAAAUAAAUUAUAAGCCUUGUUUUUUGUGUUCUUUAAGCUCUCCUCUACAUCACAUUUAAAGCUUUAAUGAAUUCGAUUUACAGGCAAAGAAAGAUAAAAUUACCUAGAGUUUGGCGCUGGAGUGGCUUUGUUUUGUUUUGCACCUCCACUCUUGGAAUAAGACAAAUUGAAAUUGAUGUGUUUUAAUGUUUAAAAUUUGCUUCAUAUAUCCUAGAUCAGUGGUUUUCGAGGCCCACUGUCCUGCAUGUUUUGGAUGUUUCCCUGCUCCAACACACCUGAUUCAAAUGAUCAGCUCGUUAUUAAGCCAUUACAGAGCUUGAUAACGAGCUGAUCAUUUGAAUCAGGUGUGUUGGAGCAGGGAGACAUCCAAAACAUGCAGGACAGUGGGCCUCGAGGACUGGACUUGAGAACCACUUUCCUAGCUUAUACAGUAAUGUAUCGUGGUGGGAAGUCUUUUAGUUUAGGCUUCCUUUUCAGCUGUGGUUCUCCCUUUUGCUUUGCAAGUAUAUGAUCUCAAUUAUAAUGGCACAACCAAAUUUAAUUCAGCAUCUAAAAGACAACAAAGCAGUCUCUUGUGUAGCAGAUAAAUGCAGUUGUCAAAGCGAGUUUUUAUCGUCUUUUAAACAAGGUCAAGUCUUUUU